AUGGCCGCAGCAAAUCCUAACACACGCCGAGCUUGGGAUGAUUUCUACUUUUUUCAACCCGGGAGGAGGAUGUAUGAUCGUUUGCUAGACUGGGUUAGAACCAUGCUUCAAGCUGAGCUAGCUAACGGCAGGUUACAAAACCAGCAAGUCAGGGGUGAUGUGAUCUUUAAUCAGUUCGCCGUGGGACAGAUUGGUGCUCAGCAGGUUCGCACAGUACCAAUAGGAUCACCUCAAAUACACUGCGAGGAACAACUUAUUAGAAUGAUUCGACAGCAACAAGAUGAGUUUAUUAUCUACACCGAGAAUUUCACCUGUCAGAUGAGAGAGGGCACCGAGAGACGCUGUAACUGUUUUUUUCAGGUAUGUCCGAACUACAUGACGUUUUGACCCAAUGACCAAAUUUCUUCAUUCUGUUAGAUCACAGUGAGUGGCCAGACCAUACUUAUUUCACUUACAAAUUGUUUAAGUACGCAAAAACAACCAGUAUUUUGAAUUAGUUUAACGUCUAUUAUUUACGCAAAAAUGUGCAAGGUUUAUUAAUUGACCGCAACAGAAAAUGCCAUAACAUACCAUAAUACUCUUUGUUGGUCACUCCAAAAUUUUGCAUAAGCAUUGUUUUCAGUUUGUCUUAUGCAAAAUUUUGGAGUGACCAACAAAGAGUAUCAUGGUAUGUUAUGGUAUUUUCUGUAGUGGUCAAUAGUUAUUUGCUUGAUUUGGUUGAGAGAUUUCGAAAACGCACGAGCCGGCUGUAAAGUGAUUUUAAUGACACCAAGAUCUAAUUUUUGUUAGUACUAUCUUUUGUUAAUACAGUGAAACCCCGCCUUACGGCCACUAAUACGGUCACCUCGUUAUUAUGGCCACUUUUUUUUGGCCGCCUGGCAAAACGGCCAUACAUUUUCUUGUAAAAAGACCCUAUUUAAUACGGUCACCCCGUUACAGAUACGGCCAAUUUUUUUCGGCCCAUUGGUGACCGUAUUGACGGGUUCCACUGUACGAAGUGGUUGCAGUGGUCAAACAAAGGAUACAUUCCGUUGGCCUUAAUUGACUUUUACUUCGCCAAAUAAACUCUUUUCGAGAAAAAAAAAGGUUAACUUAGACGCUAAUUAGUUCCUCUUGUAAACUCGUUAUCAACUUUGAGUAAUGUAUUGAAAAGGCGGGACUGACUUACCAACAGAACAUUCUUUGUAGUUUUUCAUCUCUCAGAUUACUUUGGACACUAACUGGACUUAUGUGAGUUUUGGAGUUAAAGCUGAUUUUCUGAUUACGCCACAAUCUCAAGGAAAAAUAUGAUAAUAUUCCUUACAACCAAUCGGGUUUCUACUGAUGUAAGAUUAAACUUCAAAUGAUUAAGAUUGACAGCAGUCAUGAACAGUGAAGAUAAAAGAAGCUGUAACAGGCUUCUGUCAGAACAGAGAUAGAACAAGUUAGUGUAACUGAAAACUGAAAACUUUAUUUAUACUCGAGGGUCUGGAGCUUAUUAGGCUCCUAGCUUAAAUAGCUAAUGAGUCGAGGUUAAAAGCAAACAAAAAGAAAUGAAUUGAAUUUAAACUAUUUACAUCAUGAUACGAUAUUGUUUACAGAUAAUGAUUCUAAAAGGUACAAUAUUGACGAUAGUCUAAAAUAUAAACAGGAAGAUAAAGAUAACCAGUUUCACAAGCAGACCAUCCUGUUUUCUGAACACACAGGAACUUUAUGAAAUAACAUCCUGUUUACGGAAAUUAGGCUACUGAAUUUCUGACCAAUGGCAUCAUCUCGGGAAUUUGGAAGGAAUACUUUACGAACAAUAAACUUCCUUUCAAAACAAAAUCAAAGUGCUUCGUCAUCUCAAUUGUAUUCAUGUUCCGUGCGGUUGGAACAUGAAAGAUUACGAUAAUGUCAACGCUUUAAGUACAACAUUUUGUAAACAUUAAAAUCAGUUUGAACAAAAACAAACAAACAAACAAACAAACAUACUAACUAAACUACCGUUCCUCGAUAUAGUAACGUCACUUGUUGCUUGAAUUUAAAAAGGGAACAAGCUUUUAAAUUUUCUAAAUUGCUGUUUUGACGGAAACAAUUUCUCGAAAUUUCAAGAGGUCCUUAAAAGAGACGAUUAAGAAAUGUGCAUUCUUUAUACCGAACAAACCAACUGUAUAGAAAUUUGCGGAAACCCAGCAAAGCGUAACUGAAAACUGGUAUAAAUUGCCUUGUAUGAAGCUAUAGAACUUGGAAAUCCGUCGACUUUCAAGACAUAGCUGAACGUAUUUCUCCAGCAGCAAGGUAAGCUGGACAUAAGUCUCCAUCUAGUUACUAAUGCCUUAGAACUCCUCUAAUUGAAAUUCCCACCGCUAAACAGGAGCCGUUUAACUUGGUGAAGGUUCGAGUCAGCGGGUUAAAGUUUACAGAAGUUUGAGUCAGAGGUAAAGUUAAAUUAGUUCGAGUUAGCGUGCUCUACUUUAAAUAAAUCCGCGAUCAUUUUGCCCUGAAACAGUUUUGGUCAUUUCAUUCUUUGAGUUAUAUUUUAACAUCAUGACCAGUCCAAUACACCUGGCUCCCGUCUUUUUUGUAGUUCUUGAGAAUUUUUAGAAAUAUUUUGCGUUAUAAUAUCUUAAAUCAUUUUUUUCCAUUUUCUUCCUUACUUAAAGAAGACAAAGAUGGCCGCAACAGAUCCUAACACACGCCGAGCUUGGGAUGAUUUCUACUAUUUUCAACCCGGACCCGGGCAGACGCCCGGGGAGACGAUGUAUCGCGAUUUGCGACGCUGGGUUGAAACCAUGCUUCAAGCUGAGCUAAAUAACGGCGGGUUACAAACCCGGCGAGCCGGGGGUGAUGUGAUCGUUAAUCAGUUCGCUGUGGGAAAGAUUGGAUCUCAGGAUAUUCGCACAGUACCAAGACCGGGACGAAGAGGAACAGGUCAAAGGCACUGCGAGGAACAACUUAUUGAAAUGAUUCGAGAGCAACAAGAUCAGUUCCAAAUCUACACCGAGAACUUCACCUGUCAGAUGAGAGAGGACACCGAGAGACGCUGUAACUGUUUUUCUCAGGUAUGUCCGAACUACAUGGCGCUUUGACCCAAUGACCAAAUUUCUUCAUUUUUUUAGAUCACAGUGAGUGGCCACAUUAUACUUAUGAUUUCAUUUGCAAAUUGUUUAAGUACGCAAAAACAACCAGUAUUUUGAAUUAUUUGCGAAUUGGUCAAACAAAAGAUACAUUCCGUUGGCCUUAAUUGACUUUUACUUCACCAAAUAAACGCUUUUCCAGAAAAAUAAAGUUUCACUUAGACGCUAAUUAGUUUCUCUUGUAAACUCGUUAUAAACUUUGAGUAAUGUAUUGAAAAGGCGGGACUGACUUAGCAACAGAACAUUCUUUGUAGUUUUUCAUCUUUCUGAUUACUUUGGACACUAACUGGACUUAUGUGACUUUUGGAGUUAAAGCUGAUUUUCUGAUUACGCCACAAUCUCGAAGGAAAAUAUGAUAAUAUUCCUUACAACCAAUCGGGUUUCUACUGAUGUAAGACUAAACUUCAAAUGAUUAAGAUUGACAGCCGUCAUGGGCAGUGAGGAUAAAAGGAGCUGUAAGAGGCUUUUGUCAGAACAGAGAUAGAACAAGUUAGUGUAAGAUUAAGUUGUCUUAUAAUGAUGAAGUUUAGAGGAUACAAAGUUUGCUAAACCAACUCAGGACAAGUGUUUUCUUUGUGUUAAUGACCUUAGCGCUAGUCCCUGUCGGAGUCGUGCGAUUAUGCAGUGGCAUUUUUGCUUUUGUAGUUCUCAAAUUCUGAAGGAUGGCCGGAUAGCCUUGUCUUCAUUCAUUAGAUUAUGUCCUUAUUGCUCCUCUUAUCCACUAGAUAACGCUUUAUCUGGUGAAUAGCCUUAACUAACUUUUAAACAACCGGGGCCUUAUCCUCUUGACUUUGUAGGUCAUUCAGUUGGCUCGUCGUUACCCAGAAAGCUUAGUGAUCAUCAUGUACCAUCAGGCAUACGACUAUCGUAACACAGCCAACAGGGGCGCCGGACGCCAGGGACGAUGGGAAGAAAUUGACCUGCAGAAUAUGAAUAUCCUUCUUGGAAAUAGUCUUGAAGGACCAUUGCCACAAAAUCUGGUUUUCAUUAAGGUGGACUGGAUCAUUCAGGGCAACCAAGUGCAAGUUCGUGGUAUGCAGAUCGCCGGAAUAAAUCGCCCACGCAACCCAGUCGUGUUUCCAGACCACGCAGCUGGAGGCCACUAA